AUGACUACAUCACGCAAGAACAAGGCGCCGGAUCGAGGUACUACUUCCAAGUCUGCGGCUAAGAGAAAGGUGCCGGACGAAGACCGCCCUAGUUCCGAACCAAAGAAGUCUCGGGUCUCUAUCGCCGAAUUGCUCUCCUCCCAGCAGAGCAACGAAUCGAAUGAAGGUGACGGAGUUGGCUGGGACGAUAGCAACAGGAACAAGAGAGCGGUCAAGAUGGAUACCAAAGCUUCCCCGCCACUCAAGCUGUCCAACAAGGACAUGUACACCUUCACCUCCAAGUCCGCCACGAGUAACGUUGUGGACUUGACGAGUUCACCGGAAUUGGAGUCUCAGAAGAGAAAGGUGUCGUUCACGAAUACAAAGACGCCCUUCAACCCACAUCAAGGCCCUAAGAAACUGGUGGUGAAGAAUCUACGGACGGUCCCGAGGAUAGACCCUCAGCAGUACUUUGAGCGCACAUGGGCGCAGGAGGACAAGGCACUGGACGCGAUCUUCAGGAAUGAGAAGCAACCAUACUCGCUGGAAGAGCUCUAUAAGGGAGCAGAAAACGUCUGCCGGCAAGGCAAGGCCGCUGAGCUGUAUGCUCGAUUAAGUCUCAAGUGCGACACGUAUCUGUCCGAAACGGUCAGAGACAAUAUUCGCCGCGAUGAGGGAAGAUCCUCCGAUGUCGAAUUUCUGCAGUCAUUCAUCGAUGCUUGGGCAACAUGGCAGAAGCAGCUACUUACAAUCCGUCAAAUAUUCUACUACUUGGAUCAAACAUUCCUGCUGCGUUCGGCCGAUAACCCUAGCAUUACCGAGAUGGGGCUCAUCAAGUUCAGAUCAUGUGUUUUUCAAGAUGACUUCAUCAAGCCUAAAGCCCUCAAUGGCGUCGUGGCUCUGAUUGCUAUGGAUAGAAGGGGUACACUGAACGAAAAAGACAGACUCUUACUAAUACGAGCUGCCGAUUCGUUACAUGAAUUGAGCAUCUACUCAAGCGACUUUGAACCUCUUUUCCACUCAACGACACAAUCCUACUUUAGGUCGUGGAAAGAAACGGACGCAAAUAGGGAUGAUCUUGCAGCUUAUGUGACUAACUGUUCCUAUCUUCUGGAGCGGGAAAUGGGUCGAUCCGGUUUGCUCACCUUGGACCGAAGUACAAUCCUGCAGAUUUCAGAACUCUUUGACGAGAUAUUAGUUUCAGAAGAAAUUGAUAUUCUCACGAACGAGGAUAGUAUCUUGGAUCUUUUGGAAGCGGAUAAGUUCACCGAGGUGAAACUACUCUACGCGCUUCUACAAAGGAAGUCACAAGGCGAGAUGAUAGCACCGACGUUCAGUAAAUAUGUCGAGAUGGAAGGUUCGGCGAUUGUGUUUGACGAGAAGCGGGAGAUAGAAAUGGUGGUGAGAUUACUCGACUUCAAACGGCGAUUGGAUCGAUAUUUGAAGUAUUGCUUCCAAGACAACGAGACUCUUGGGAAUUCCCUACAUAAGGCUUUCGAGUCGUUUAUCAACAAGACCAAGAAGUCUCAAUCAAAUUGGGACACGGACAACAACAAGCCUGGUGAAAUGAUCGCCAAGCACGUCGAUCUCCUCCUCAAGGGCGGUGUCAAGGCGAUCCCCGGUCUUCAGACGAAAAAGCCCGAAGCCUCGAAUGCGGAAGAUGAGCAUGACUUCGACGAAGGCGCUGCCGAUGAAGACGCAGAAAUCAACCAACACCUUUCUAACGCGCUGGAUCUGUUCCGCUUCGUCCAUGGCAAGGCCGUGUUCGAAGCGUUCUACAAGAAAGACUUGGCUCGACGGCUUCUCAUGGGCCGCAGCGCGUCCUUCGAUGCCGAACGAAACAUGCUCACACGUCUCAAGAACGAGUGCGGGGCCGCAUUCACGCACAAUCUUGAGUCAAUGUUCAAAGACAUGGAUCUCGCGCGCGAAGAGAUGAUGUCCUACAACCAACUGCUCGACGACCGGGGAGGCAAAUCCGGCGGCCCAGACUUGAGCGUUAAUGUCCUCUCGUCUGCGGCGUGGCCCACGUACCCGGAUGUCAGCGUCACCAUUCCCCCGAACGUGGCCAAGGUCAUGGCGGAUUUUGAAACGCACUACAAGGCCAAACACUCGGGCCGCAAGCUCACGUGGAAACACUCGCUCGCGCACUGCCAACUCCGGGCCAACUUCCCUCGCGGCAGGAAAGAGCUGGUCGUGUCAGGUUUCCAAGCCAUCGUGCUGCUAUUGUUCAACGACAUCCCCGCAGACAAGCACCUGACCUACACGGAAAUCAGAGCCAGUUCGGGCCUCGUCGAUGCCGAGCUCAAACGCACGCUGCAGUCCCUCGCGUGCGCCAAAUACCAGGUUCUCAAGAAACAUCCUCGCGGGCGCGACGUGAACGAGACCGACACCUUCACCUUCAACGCCGCCUUCGUCGACCCCAAGCUGCGCGUCAAGAUCAACCAGAUCCAACUCAAGGAGACCAAAGAGGAGAACAAGGAGACCCACGAGCGUGUCGCCGCCGACCGACACUACGAGACCCAGGCCGCCAUUGUGCGAAUCAUGAAGAGUCGCAAGAAGAUUGGCCACAACGAACUGAUCGUCGAGGUCAUCAAGGCCACCAUGAGCAGAGGUGUCUUGGACCAGGCGGACAUUAAGAGGAAUAUUGAAAAGUUGAUCGAAAAGGACUACAUGGAGAGAGACGAGGGCAAUACAUAUUCCUACGUCGCUUAA